GUGAAUCGCGCCCGCCGGAGGGUCUCACAGCGAAAUACAAAAGCAGCUGGGAAGCGGCGGCCGGGCGAGUUCCCAGCGGCGGACAGAGCCCUGCAGCGCCCGGCGGCCGCCAUGGGGCUGAGACGCCCGAAGCCCCGGAGCCAAGCAGCGGCCCGGCCCACCUCGCCGCCGGGACCCGGGCGCCCGGGCUCGGCUUGAAGCGGCGGCGGCGGCGGCGGCACGGCCGCAGGAGCAUGGGCAGGAGGAUGCGGGGCGCCGCCGCCACCGCGGGGCUCUGGCUGCUGGCACUGGGAUCGCUGCUGGCGCUGUGGGGCGGGCUCCUGCCCCCGCGGACCGAGCCGCCGGCCUCCCGACCCCCGGAGGACCGAGUCCCGCGGCUCCCGGGCGGGAGCGGAGCCCGGUUACCGGCGCCGCGCUUUCCUCUGCCCCCGCCCCUGGCGUGGGACGCCCGCAGCGGCUCCCUGAAAACUUUCCGGGCGCUGCUCACCUUGGCUGCCGGCGCUGACGCCCCGCCCCGGGGGCCCGCGGGCGAGCGCUGGCGGCACGUGCCAGCCGGAUGGUCCGGACCGGAGGAGAGCGCUGCGGUGCACGGGGGCGUCUUCUGGAGCCGGGGGCUGGAAGAGCAGGUGCCCCGGGGGUUUUCCGAGGCCCAGGCGGCGGCGUGGCUGGAGGUAGCUCGCGGUGCCCGGGUGGUGGCCCUGGAGCGCGGGGGCUGUGGGCGUAGCUCCAACCGACUGGCGCGCUUUGCCGACGGCACCCGCGCCUGCGUGCGCUAUGGCAUCAACCCCGAGCAGAUCCAGGGCGAGGCCCUGUCCUACUACCUGGCGCGCCUGCUGGGCCUCCAGCGCCACGUGCCGCCGCUGGCGCUGGCCCGGGUGGAGGCGCGGGGCGCGCAAUGGGCGCAGGUGCAAGAGGAGCUGCGCGCCGCUCACUGGACUGAGGGCAGCGUAGUGAGCCUGACGCGCUGGCUGCCCAACCUCACGGACGUGGUGGUGCCCGCGCCCUGGCGCUCGCAGGAUGGCCGUCUGCGGCCCCUGCGCGGCGCUGGGGGCGAGCUGGCCAACCUCAGCCAGGCGGAGCUGGUGGACCUGGUGCAGUGGACCGACUUGAUCCUCUUCGACUACCUGACGGCCAACUUCGACAGGCUCGUAAGCAACCUCUUCAGCCUGCAGUGGGACCCACGCGUCAUGCAGCGCGCCACGAGUAACCUGCACCGCGGCCCCGGUGGGGCGCUGAUCUUUCUGGACAACGAGGCGGGCUUAGUGCACGGCUACCGGGUGGCAGGCAUGUGGGACAAGUAUAACGAGCCGCUGUUACAGUCGGUGUGCGUGUUCCGCGAGCGGACCGCGCGGCGAGUGCUGGAGCUGCACCGCGGGCAGGACGCGGCGGCUCGGCUGCUGCGCCUCUACCGGCACCACGAGCCUCGCUUCCCUGAGCUGGCUGCACUAGCCGAUCCGCACGCUCAGCUGCUGCAGCGCCGCCUCGACUUCCUCGCUAAGCAUAUUUUGCACUGUAAGGCCAAAUACGGCCGGCAGCCAGAGACUUAGCAUCACCCGGAGAAACAGAGAGACUCAUGACUGGACUGUGGAUGGUGGGGGAAGGGCCAUCGCUUCGGCCACCCCGCCCUGGGACCAGCGGCCAACGCCCAGCCAGUGGUCCCGAUGUGUUGGUGUCUAAAACUUGAGCUUCGUCCACCUGCCCCUUUCAUGCCCGCGGUGUUUCCUUUCAAAGUUCUGGGCUCAAGAACUCACCGAGGCGGGAAGAGCAACAUACCCUCCGCCCAGUUUAUAAAAGGAUUCUAUCGCCAGCGUGAGACUGGAUCCGGAGCAUCUGGCUCCUGGGGUCUGUCCCCUGGGUGGCUGUCUGUGUGGGAGAUGUACCCCAUGCGUGUCCCCCUACCCUCCACUCCGCCCCAAUCCUCUUCCCGAAAAAGGAAAACUUCCGUUUGAGCCCUUGAGCUAAUUCUGCCAUUGCGCUCCCCAGCGCCGCGCCUGUGGCCGCUGAGCGGGCUGUGACAUUGGCUGGUGGAGCCCCCUUCCUGUGUUCUGCCUUUGUUCCAGCGCGGCGGUGGUGAGAUCACUGUGGGGAGCUGGGGAAGGGAUCUGCUAGGACAAAGGGAGCGGGACCUUGAGCCUCCAGGAGCCCCACUAACCCUGUCCACCCUGUCCGUGGUCUGACUCAUUGCUGACCUCUUAUUCUGACCUGCAGGUCUUACGCAGUGAGUCAAAUCAUGAAUUUCUUCUUCCUCCCUCCUCACAACUGACAAAGAUUUUGACAAUGAUGCUGUUUCACCCGGAAAGAAAAAAAAAUCAGUUUCAUGCACUUUACUUUGUCUUUAUUUUAAUUUUUUUAAUGGAGAAAAACUUUUUUUAUUUGACAGAAUUUGCCUUCUGUGUAUAUAUGUGCAUAAAAUGUGGUGUAAAUAUACUAAACAGACUUAUA